AUAUGCCGAAUAUAAGGCAGCCUUUCACUUACCACUUAUUCCUAAUUGAGUGACGAAAUUGUCUGAAAAAUAUAGCCGAAGUGAAAGUCUCUGAAUAUCUAAUCUGUACCGUAAUCGAAUCUAUUUUUUUUUUCUUUUUCUCAAUUAGGUAAUUCGAAAAGUAAUUGCCAAUUUUUAUAUCUACCAUUAAAAUGUAAAGAUAUAUCAGUCAUUGGAUUCCAUUCAUAAUAUUCGGAAAUAUUUAUCAUAAUCUAUACCUACAAUAUAUAUAUACUUGACCGAAAUUAUCAAGCCGACAUAGUGCAUAUCUGGGCAAAAGCAUGGUUAGUCGUCUUCUUCCUUCAGGUUUACAGAUUAUUAUUGCAAAUGGUUCGGUCCUCGAGCAUUCCGUGAAUUAGCUUAAAAAAGUAAAACACCUAAUAAAAUUCAUCUGAAAAUAUCAGAAAGAAAAUAAAGUUAGUUACAAUUUAUGUAUACGGUUUAUAUCCAUUCUGCGUAAAGAACAUUGUCGUUGGUUAAUAAUUUUCAGGAAGGAUUUUAAAACGACGCCUCGCAAAGUUGUUUGUCAUUUUGGUCAUAUUUCUUGAACUGAUUAUCAGACUGUAAUUUUGCCUUUUUUCAAAAGAAGGAAGAAUCCAAAUUUCAUGUAUUGAUUACAUUUGCCUCUUACUGACGUACACCCAUCCAUUGUCGUCGUCGAACAUAAUAAUAAUAAGUCGACGGUGAUUGACUGGUGUCUUACGGAUAUCGGCAAUGGUGAAAGUAUUGGGCACAUACCAAGGUAUCGAAAAAAUCAUGAAAAUUAUUAUGUUUUCAUUAAUCGAAAAGUGAAGACACUUUUAAGAUAUCAAUAGGCAUUGCGUUCGCUACGUGCUACACACAACUUACAGACAAAACUGCCUAUUAUGGAACUGUUUUCCAAAUGUGUACUAUUUUAACGGACAGUUGAACAAAUGCAAAAAGUUUCGAAUUGUCGCCUCAUCCAUCGUAUUCUCCAAAUCAAGCGCCCCAACGACGAUUAUAUAUAUAUAUAUAUAUAGGAGGAUGUUCCAGGGAAAAAGAUUUAGAUUAAAUGAUGACGUCAUUAUGGAAACUAUUAACAUAUUUGCCUAUAUAUGCAUUUUGCAUAUAUUAAAAAAAUAAAACAAACAUAUUUUAGUCCCAGGAAUUAUGAACUACUUAUAAGCGCUGUCUAAAAGUUCGAUUGAAAGAUGGCCCUACACAUUGGAGUUGAUUUGUGAAAGUUACAAUUUAAGAUUACUCUUGGCAUUAUCAGUCGUUCGUAAUUGCGAAGAAAAAUUGAAGAAAGUAGAGUCUUCUCGUUUUCAUGAAGCACAUAUGCGGCUUCAACAAUACUUUUUUAUGAACGUUUAUGAACUGAAGAGACUGGAUAACACAACUAAAAAAUUACAAUCUUCUAGGGCAGAAUUUGCAAGGAGAUCGAUAAUAGGUUACAAAAAAAAAAAUUUAAAUAAAAGUGUUUUCUCCGCCUAUCAAAUCAAUUAACACCGUUCCCACAAACCGAUCCUAGACUCAAAGCUCGCUUUGUCAUUUGUUAAUCUUACUACUCGCCUUUGGAAGAAGUUCUCAGCGGUGAUCUCUCCAAUUAUUUCAGUUGCUUGCAUCUUUAAGCCGAAUGCAUGCAAAUACUAUUUUGCGUUUUCUUCUUUCCCUGCCCAUAAUAUCUUUUUUUUGACCAUCAGAUUGUGUGCCCGCAUAUGUAGGCGACCAUUAGCUGUUCACAUUACGGAAAGCAAAAUCCAUCCAGUCGCGCAGAAUAUAAAAAGUUUUGUUUCCCGCGCAUGAAAUAGCCGACAGUAAUGAAAUCGUCUGCUAUAAUUUUAACGGGAUUGAUUUUUGCUUUACCCCAUUUAAUAUGAAAUUAUGCGAUCGCAAACAAACACAAUUGCGUGCUUAAAAUUGUUUUAUUAAAGGGGUUAAUUAUAAUAAUAAUAAAUAUAACACAAACAUUUCUCUGUAAGCGAAGCAAUGAAAGACAAGGAGAAAAAGUCCUCGAGAAAGCAAUCCACCGCCACCAACUCGCGUGGGGAUCGAACCCGUUGCAUUUAUAAUGCGACGUCGCAGCCUGCGAUUUAGCCACUCAGGCUAUUGGCGACCCUCGUUAUAUGUGAUGAGAAAGAAGCAAAAGAUUUAGUAAAAGGUAUAUUUUAAUACUUUUAGAAGCAGUUUAGAGGCAAUAUCGUAGUGAAGUUUAAACGACAAUGAAUCAAAGUUUUAUAAAAAGUAAUUGUAUUGAAAUUCAAAAGUUAUUGCUCGAAGUUAAGAGUGCAAACUUAAUUCAGUCAAAAGAAAUUAGUUUAUGAAUUUUAUGUGAUACACAUAUGUGAUACACAUAAAAUUAAAGUAGACGUUUCAUCGUUAUGUGGACCAUUUGUGAACGGAAUUCAACUUCGCUUGCUCUUCAUACGACAACGACAGUAACAGCAACUGGAGCAGCAACAGCAACAGCAACAGCAACAUCAACAGCAACAGCGACAGCAAUUAAUAAUGCAGCAAUUGGGAGCGAAGAAAUCGGUACCAGCAUUUGUAGCCAACAAGAAAAGCUGGCCGAUGUUGAACACAUUUCAACGAUAGCAGGUUCCCUAGUAUCUAUUGGUACAAUUUCACACAUACAUCCACCACGUUAUGGAACAAACGAUGCUGGUUACGAUACGGAACACACGUCGCUGAAUUCAGAUUUUGACGAAACUGAACUGAGGCGAGAGCUAUUAAGAGAUAAAUGGAAACUAUUGUUCGACAUGUUUGAUCCGGAAGGAUUUGGUGAAAUAACUGUAGAUGAGUUCAUAAACGCCUUAAAAUCGCCAGAAUUUAUAACACAAGUGCCUAUGAAUAAACGUGAAUUAUUACUUGAGAGAGCGAAAAAAGCAAAAUCCCCCGCCGGUCCUGGUUAUGUAACAUUUCAGGAUUUUGUAAAUGUGAUGAGUGGUAAACGCACACGCAGUUUUAAAUGCGCUGUCCAUCAUCGAGAUCGUGAGGUUUGUUCGGAAAAUGAUUUUCAUUUGGUUUUGGAAGAGCCACCAAUCUUUCAAAGAAUGCUUCAAGUCAUUGCUCUGGAACUCUUGCCCGACGAACGCGAUCGUAAAUAUUAUGCUGAUCGUUAUACUUGCUGCCCGCCACCUUGGUUUAUCGUUUUCAUAACUGUAAUUGAGUUAUCCUUGUUUGCAUUUCAUGCGAUAAGUAUGAGAACAGCUGGCUUACUGGGUGGAUCGAUACCCAUCUGUUUAUCAACAUCCACAUCUUAUUCCUUGCUCAUUUAUCGCCCCGAUAAGCGUUAUGAAUUGUGGCGCUUCGUUACGUAUAUGUUUUUGCAUGACGGCUGGUGUCAUUUGGGUUUCAAUUUGCUGAUACAAUUGUUGCUUGGUUUGCCUUUAGAAAUGGUACACGGUUCAGCCCGUCUUGCUUCUAUAUACUUUUCUGGUGUCUUGGCUGGCUCAUUAGGCACCAGCAUAAUUGAUCCGGAGGUCUGUUUGGUUGGCGCCAGUGGCGGUGCUUACGCUUUACUAGCUGCCCAUUUGGCUAACGUGAUGAUAAACUACCAUCAAAUGCGUUAUGGCGUUUUACGUUUGGCAGUCAUUUUAUUUUUUGCGUCUUGCGAUGUAGGAUUCGCAAUUUAUACGCGUUAUGCUGAAGAUUAUCCUGCGGUAUCUUUUAUUGCCCAUUUAAGCGGUGCCUUGUCAGGACUAACUAUCGGUCUAUUGGUGUUGAAAAACUUUGAGCAAAAAUUGCACGAACAGCUGCUCUGGUGGAUUGCAUUGGGCAUUUACACGGCUUGCAUCAUAUUUGCCAUCAUUUUUAAUAUUAUUAAUAGCGCUGUGAUGCAAAGUCUUAAAGUGGAACAAAUUUACGUAACCGAGACAUUUUAUAAUGGUUUUCAAGUAUGAUGGUGGGCCUACAGUCUAUUUAAAGUCUGUUUUCGCCGUUUGUAGUAGAGGCGAUGAUGGUGGU